GCCCAAACCAAGUGUAUAUAAACCCGUGUCCUUCCCACAAUCCAUACUCGCCAACCUCUCCUCCAUCUUUAUUAAUUUAUCUUCUUCUUCCUUCAACCUUUAGCUAGCUACCAACUUCAUACGGUUCAUCCUCUCUCUUUCUUCUCUCUCAAGGAAAGAUGAACAGGCCAGGAGACUGGAAUUGCAGGGCAUGCCAGCACCUGAACUUCCAGAGGAGAGACUCUUGCCAAAGGUGUCAGGAGCCGAGAUCCGGGGAGAGAGGCGGCGACUACGGAAGCUUCGGCGGGCGUGGCAGCUCGUCGUUCGGCUUCAGCACCGGCCCCGACGUGAGGCCCGGCGACUGGUACUGCUCCGCUGGUAACUGCGGCGCCCAUAACUUCGCCAGCCGCUCCAGCUGCUUCAAGUGCGGCGCUUUCAAGGAAGACUCUUCCGGCAGCUUUGACGCUGACACGUCCCGCGGCAGAGGCUUCGGUUUCGGCGGCGGCGGCAGCCGCUCUAGUUGGAAGUCCGGCGAUUGGAUUUGCACCAAGUCAGGAUGCAACGAGCACAACUUUGCUAGCAGGAUGGAGUGUUUCAGAUGCAAUGCGCCCAGAGACUCUGGCAGCAAGUCCUCUUACUAAUC